AAAGAUGCUUCUCUUCUGUUCUCACUUCGUCUUUCAUUUCUUCAAGCAAAAGGGAAACCCUUCUCUCUCUCUACCAUUAUAAUCUCUAAUUUUUCAAGCUAAAUGAUCCAUUAAGAACCCUAGGGUUUCAAAAUGAGCAACAACACAACCCCCACCACCCCUACUUCCAAUGGCAGCAACUCUGUUCAUUCCAAUCACCAGCAAGAUCCCGCCUCCUACUUUCUCAAGCUUGCGCGGCAGUACUCGCCGGCGCCUGGGGCUCCUUGUGCGUCGACGAUGAUGGAAGAGGACGACCGGGAGGAUGAGCCUACUGAGCUCAACACGAUCAAUAGCUCCGGAGGGUUUCUUGUGAUGUCCACCGACAAGCUUUCUAUUAAGUACACAAAUGUUAAUCUUCACGGCCAUGACGUCGGCGCUGUCCAAGCCAAUAAGCCUGCUCCUGUUAAGCGGCUUGUUUAUUACUUCGAGAUUUAUGUUAAGAAUGCUGGGGCUAAAGGGCAGAUUGCUAUUGGCUUCACUAAUGACACCUUUAAGAUGCGCCGGCAACCCGGUUGGGAAGCAAACAGUUGCGGAUAUCAUGGAGAUGAUGGAUAUCUGUAUCGUGGACAAGGAAAGGGUGAGCAAUUUGGUCCAACCUUUACUGCCAAGGAUACAGUUGGUGCUGGUAUUAAUUAUGCUUCACAGGAAUUCUUUUUCACUAAAAAUGGAGCAGUAGUUGGGGCGGUGUGCAAUGAAAUGAAAGGUCCCUUGUUCCCUACAGUUGCUGUUCACAGCCAGAAUGAAGAGAUUGAAGUCAACUUUGGGCAGAAACAAUUUGCUUUUGAUCUUAAGGAAUAUGAAGCACAGGAAAGGAUGAAGCAACAAAUUACAAUUGAGAAAAUAUCCUUGCCACCAAAUGUCAGUUAUGGACUUGUUCGCGCCUACUUACUGCAUUAUGGCUAUGAGGAGACUCUCAAUUCUUUUGACUUGGCUAGUAAAAGUACUGUCCCUCCUAUAUAUAUAGCUCAAGAGAAUGGGUUUGACGAGCAGGACAUCACAUAUGCAUUAAACCAGAGAAAAACUCUUCGACAGUUAAUUAGGAAUGGUGAUAUUGAUGCUGCAAUUGGUAAACUUCGUGACUGGUAUCCACAGAUUGUUCAGGAUGAAAGAUCGGCCACUUGCUUUCUGCUUCACUGUCAAAAAUUUAUUGAAUUGGUUCGGGUUGGAUCUCUGGAGGAGGCGGUGAAAUAUGGAAGGAUUGAAUUGGCAAAGUUCUUUGAGUUGCCUGGGUUUGAUGAUCUAGUUCAGGACUGUGUUGCUUUGCUGGCAUAUGAACAGCCACAAGACUCCUCUGUUGGCUAUCUUCUUGAAGAGUCACAGCGUGAGAUAGUGGCCGACACUGUAAAUGCUAUGAUCUUGUCAACAAAUCCCAAUCUGAAGGAUUUGCAAGGUUGCUUGCGCUCGUAUCUUGAGAGGUUACUGAGGCAGCUUACUGUUUGCUGUUUGGAGAGAAGGUCCUUGAAUGGGGAUCAAGGUGAAGCUUUCCAUUUGCAGAGAGUACUCAACAGUGGCAAGAAGGCCAAGUGCUAACUCACAUGAUCUCCUUUGUCUUUCACUGUUCAUAUUGGCGGUAAACCUUUUCCUGAACUGCAAUUCAAGCGAUCAGAUAAAGCAGAGCGAGUGUCGUGCGUCGGUGGACUCCUUCAUGUAUGGCUAAGAUUUGAGGUGAGAGUUAAAAGGUAUUUCUCAAUUUCCCCAAAGCUUGUAACCUUGCAAAAUAUGAUCUUGAACUGUGGUCUCUGACUAUUCUUCUUACAUGUGGUUAUAGUAGUUAAUUUCGGAGGUUCCUGUAUAUAUGUGGUUUACAGGAGUAUACAUUGUCCAAGAUUUUAGCAUUUACGCUCCGUUUCAUUCUAUAGAAAACAUGUUGAAAGUUCUGUUGUUGCA